AUGGCCUCGGAAACCAAUAGCAGUGUUACGGGAACCAUGUUUGGCCAGGAACUCGUGAGCAAUGGUGGUGCAGAAGGUUCAUCAUUCCUCAUCACUCGACAUAAGUUAACUGGCCACAAUUACCAUCAAUGGGCGAAGGCAGUUUUGAUGUUUAUCACAGGCAGAGGUAAGGAUGAAUACCUUUUCAACACUACUGAACCGCCUAAGAAGGAUGAUAAAAGAUUCAAGGUUUGGAACACCGAAAACAAUCUGGUUAUGUCUUGGCUAAUCAAUGCAAUGGACACAGAAAUAGGUCAAAAUUUUUUGUUUUAUGAUACUGCACAUGAAAUCUGGAUGGCAGCAAAGGAAACAUACUAUGAUAGUGACAAUACUGCUGAUCUAUUUGACAUUAAGGGAGCCCUACAUGAUCUAAGGCAAGGUGAGAUGACUGUGACUCACUAUUAUAACACUCUUAGUCGUUUCUGGCAACAAUUGGAUGUGUUUGAGACCAUGGAUUGGGAGUGCCCAGGAGAUGCUAGUCGAUACAAAAGGAUUAUUGAAAAAGAAAGGGUCUUUAAGUUCCUAUUGGGAUUAGACAAAUCCCUAGAUGAAGUAAGAGGGAGAAUCCUUGGAACCAAGCCUCUCCCUACUAUUCGAGAAGCUUUCUCAAAGGUUAGAAGAGAAGAAAGCAGGAAGAAGCUGAUGAUGGGAACAAGGCCAUUCUCCAAUGUUCAGGAAGGAUCAACACUCAUCUCCCAAGGCUCCACAAACAUUCAAGAAGGAACUGCCCUUGUUUCCCGAGGAUCUACCUAUGAUGCAAGGCAGAAGAAAGGAAGACCAUGGUGUGAUCAUUGCCGCAGACCAGGUCACACCAAAGAAACAUGUUGGAAAAUACACGGGAAGCCCACUGACUGGAAGUCAAACAAGGAGGAGGCACGAGCAUUUGUGGCAGAUCCUGAAGGGAAAGAAAGUAGUACCAAUGAUUCUGCUCUCUUUAGCAAAGAACAAGUGGAGUGGCUGCAAAAGAUGUUUAGCCAAGGAUCAUCCACUAACCCCGUUAUCUCAACCGGAUCCGCUGCUCAGAGAGGAUUUGGCUUCGGGGAUGAUGAUUGGCAAUGCUAAGGAAAGCAAAGGACUCUACUGGUUUAGGGCAACUAGAAAACAAGACUCUCAAGCACAUCAUGUAUCUUUCUUUACUCCUGAUCCUAGGUUAAACCUGUCUUUAGAUUCAAAUAAAGAAA